AUGGCAAGGCGCAGUAAUAGUGAUGUGGCAGCGGGUCCGGUGAAUUCCGUUCCCAAGAGCUUUCGUAGUGGUCAUGCCCCACGAAGUGACACCGAAGUCCUCAGCGAGAUUGCUGCUUGGCUGACAGACUCCUAUAAGCACGAAAUUCGUCUUCAUGGCAUAAUCUAUCUCCACAGAAUCUCUGAUGUUCGCAUGCAAGGCUCAGCUAAGAAGAACCUGGUCACAUUUAAAGAGCUCUGUGGCGAGGAUGCCCUCAAGAAGGUGGUUUUGGCAAGCACCAUGUGGGAUAUAAUCCCCGCGGAGAAGGCUACCAAGCGCGAGCAGGAGCUCAAAGACACUCCAGAGUUUUGGGGCUGGAUGCUUUCAAAAGGCAGUUCAGUCCAUCGAUACAACAACACGGCUGAAUCUGCUCGAGAGAUAAUACUCUCGCUGACCGGCCACAACGCACCUAUAGCGACUGAUCUACAGAAACAGAUGGUCGAUGAAGGGAAAAGCCUUGAUGAGACUUCAGCCGGUCAAGGGCUCAGGAGCGAGCUUCUCAAAGAGCGACGGAAGCUGACACAAGAACGGCAAGAGCUUCUUACUCUAAUCGAAGCAGCAAAAGAGAAACACGACGUUGAUACAGAGGAGGCUCUGCAGGAAGAGAGUGAUAGAUACACUGUCUUGAUAAAAAGGGCAGAAGACAGUGCCAAAGCUUUAAGCAUAAGCAUGACAAACCUGAUUCUCAAACGAGAUUUACGUAUUGCGCAAAUGACUAAAGAGAUGAGAGAGGUCCAGAAUGAAUAUGAAAUGAACUUUCGGCUGAUGAGAUUGGACCAGAUCAAGGUAGAGAAUGGGAGGAUUGAGUUAGAGAACCAGCGAAAGCUCCGACGGCAAGGAAAGCUGAAAUCCAAGGCAUCGACCAGUACUACAGACACUAACUCACAGCUACCUGGGCAACGUCCAGAAAAGGGGAAGGGAAACAUGCCUGCCACCAAGAUUGGAAUAUCUGUGUCUAUAAGCAAGUCAUUCUACAUUUUGCAAAGCCCCAUGUGCUUGAGUUGGUAA